UGAGCUGAAGGGACCAGCAUAUAAAACCCGAAAACCCUUCCCGCGUUUUCAUUUCCUUGAACACUGUUCGAAUUGUACUCAGAAUCCCCAACUAUCCCCAAUUCCAAACCUCUCGAUUUCGAUUCCGGUUCCGAAUUCCGAGUCCGGUUCCGGUUCCGAUUCACAAUUCCGAAUCUCCUUCUCUAUCUCGGCCGCCGAGUGAUGUUGAAGACGAAUGCGUUCAAGGGAGCCAAUGUCUUCAUGUCUCGGAACCUCGUGCCGCCCGAAAUCUUCGACGCUCUUCACGACGCUCUCAAGCAAAAUGGCGCCGAGGUCUUCCUCUGCUGCGAUCCUUCUCGCAACGGCCCCAACGAUUUCCACAUUAUCUCUUCCUUCGAUCAUGAGAAGUUUGAGGAUCUUAGAGCCAAGGGUUGUAAUUUGCUCGGUCCUCAAUGUGUGUUUUCCUGUGCAAAAGAGCAUAAGGUGCUGCCCAAACAAUGGUUUACUUGUUGCCUUGCUAUGGAUGGUGUCAAGGUUCUUGCUUCUGGUUUUGAGGUGGAUGAAAAGGCUAAGAUAGAAAAGUUAGUAACAGCAAUGGGGGGAGUGUUGCAUACCAGAGCAUCUUCAGAUGUUAACUUUGUCAUUGUAAAGAAUGUUUUGGCUGCAAAAUACAAGUGGGCAGUACAAAUCUUGAAGAAACCAAUUGUAACCAUCAAUUGGUUAUACCAGUGUUGGAAUGAACAUCGAAUUGUUCCUCAAGAAUCAUUCAGAGUUCUCCCUUUUUCUGGAUUGACAAUUUGUGUUACCAGAAUUCUAGCAGAUGAGAGGAAGGAGAUAGAAAAGCUUAUUAUACAAAAUGGUGGGAAAUAUUCUGCUGAACUUACCAAGAAGUGUACUCACCUAAUUUCUGAGGCUCCUGAAGGUGAUAAAUAUAAGGUUGCACGAAGAUGGGGCCACAUUCGUGUUGUCACUCGGAAAUGGUUUGAUCAAUCUCUUGCUAGAAGAGCAUGUCUUAAUGAGGAGUCCUAUCCUGUUCCGGGUAGUUCUGAAUCUUCAAAUAAAAUUGCAAGGGGUUCUGUGAAGAUGCAGCUUAGUAGUCAAGGUAAAGGUAUUGGGAAUUUGCAGUCUACAUCAUCAUCAGUGGCUGGAGAUCCGAAUUUACCAGGAGGUUCUUGUGGUGGAUUUGUAGAUCCGGAUAUGGAAGCUACUCUCUCACAAAACAUAGGUUCUGUAUUUUCUGUUACCCCUGUCACUGAGAAAGAAGAGGAUAGUGAAGUACCUACAGUGCAGCCCAAAGUUGAAAAGAACCUAACAAAUCUUGAUGAUUGUGUUGCCAAUGAUUCUCAAUCUGAAGAUAGUGACCUUUACUUGUCCGAGUGCAGAAUUUUACUUGUUGGAUUCGAAGCUUCUGAAAUGCGCAGAUUAGUUAAUAUGGUUCGCAGAGGUGGAGGCUCCCGGUAUAUUCUGUUUAAUGAUAAAUUGACACACAUAGUAGUUGGAACUCCUUCAGAGAAUGAAAAGAAGGAGGUAAGGGGCCUUGCUGCUAUGGGUGUCAUUCAUGUGGUGAGAACCACUUGGCUUGAAGAUUGUGAUCGUGAAAAGAAAGAGAUCCCUGUUUUUCAGAGGCACAUUGCCAGUGAUUUACUUCUUCCUAAAGGAGCGCUGACAGGCAUGACUAGUAUCAAUCAAGUUAGAAUAUCUGCUGCUCAUCUUAGCGUGCCAUCUAAUCGAUUACCAGGGAAUACAAGUGUUGGAACUGGAAUGCCAUCAUCAUCAGAUAAAAUCAGAGAAGAGAAACCCCAAGUCAACAUGAAAGGUGACAGCUUAAUGGAAACAGUGACAAGAUCAUCUCAGCAGAGUCAACUUUCUGUUGGAAAUAUUAAAAGUAAGGGUCAAAUAGAUGCUAGAAACAAGGCUCGACCAAAUAUACAUCAUGAUUCAGUUCAGAAUGGGAAGUUGUCAAGUGUAUUUAAGGGCAAAAUAUUUUGCUUCUCAAAUUCCUUUCCUGAAGAUAGGAAAGCUGAAAUCAUUCAAUGGGUAAAUCAAGGAGGAGGAGAGGUAGUUGAUGAUCAUUUAAAACAGAGUGUGCAUUUCACUAUUGAGUGUCAUGGUGUUGUUCCAAAAUCUACGGAUGCCCUUCAAAUUACCUAUGUAUCAAGUCACUGGAUCCGUUCUUGUUUAGAGGAUGGACGCUUGCUGGAUGUUAGUAGUCACAUUCUCUAUUCUCCACUUCCAUGCCGGAUUCCUUUACCUGGAUUUGAAAGCUUUCGGUUUUGUGUUUCGCAAUAUGAAGAGAAAGAUAGACUGUUAUUGAGAAAUUUAUGUUUUGUUCUUGGAGCUAAAUUUGUAGAAAAAUUGACCAAGAAGGUCACCCAUCUAUUGUGCAAAUUUGUGAAUGGACCAAAAUACGAGGCUGCUUGUAAAUGGGGGAUACACUCGAUUACAUCCGAGUGGAUAUUUGAGUGUGUCAAGCAGAAUAGGGUUGUUCCUCUGGAUUCAUUCUGUCCAAAAGAAGUCAGUGCGCAAGACCAAGAGGCAGGGUUGUGUACAUUCAGUCAGUUUCCUACACAAGCUGUCAGAAUGAUAUCUAGAGACACUCCAUCUCAGAUUCCAAGUCAAUUAGAAGACAUGAGAAACUCACCAACUGAAAGCAUUGGUUGCAAAACUGGCAGCCUCAGGGAAGAGGCCGAACAAUUAAGUUCUUUUAGUAAAAAGGCAAGGGUUUUGGAAAAUGUUGGCAAAAAGGGCUUACUUUCUUCUGAGACACAUUUAAGUCUUCCUAUCUGCAAUAUGAAUUCAGCUGAAGACAACAUGGCAAAGGAUACAGAUGAAGUGUCACAUGUUGUUCCUGAUGUUGCUGCAGCCAUUGAGGACUUGUUGGAGCAGACAAGCAAGAUUCAGGAUCCAAAUUCACCAGGGAGGACCGAAUGCAGUAAAAAUCUUUUCUCAUCUAGUUGUUCAACCCUUGGUCAAGACCAUUCAGAUACACACACUGUCAUUGGGUUAUCAAAGCACUGGUUAAACAGAGAGUUUCUUAUCAAAUUUGUGGAUUGGAAGUAUGGCUUGAUCUCUGACCCAUAUUCUCAGGCUCAAUUUAUGGCUACAUGGACUGGGAGAAAAGAUGACAUCUACAAGUCUUCUGGAGACGGAAAUGGAUAUGAUGGUUUUAGUGAAACACAGACUGAUUCUCAGAUCGUUGGUUAUGAAGAAGAUUUAUCAGGCAGACAAAUGCUUAUAGACAGGGUUCGAACACGGAGUAGCAUGACUUGAAAAUAACAGUAUGCCCCUCGUAUAAUAGAAAAACGUUGCAGGUAUAGCGUACAAAAUGCUUAUCCAAGGUUUGGCUAUUGAUCUUGGUAUCGUUCAGCGAAUGAUACGGCAGAAUUUCUUUUCUGCACCGACGCAAAUUUCUUUGGGAGGUCAAGACAGAGAUUUUGUUAGCAACUGUAUCCAUUGUACAUGGCUUCUUUUUUUUUUUUUUUUUUGGUAUCCAAAUUUUAUGUUUCAGUUAGUGUAUAUAUAUGUUCCAACCAUAAAAUUGGUCCUUAAACCCUCUUGUUUUGGAACAUUGAAUCCACAAUGCAAAGGAGAAAGAAAAACAACAAUGCUCAGCAUUUGCAAUUAGAAAUUAAAAGUUUUAUAUGUACAUAUUUGUUCUUAUUUUUAUGUU